CUUAUCUCCCGCAUCUUCCUCUGGAGCCCUCGUCUCUUCUUAUCCCUCCCUUCUCCCCCCUUUUUCUCGCACUUCUCCUCUACUUCGUAUCAUUCUGUGAUCACAUAGGAAACAGCUCGUUACAGAUACAACAUGGGGAGAUUCAUUCAACUCGGAGCUCUUGCUUUCUUGUACCUGGGCGUGGAGUCCAAGGCGCUGAGAUGGCAGGACGAUACCCCAAGCUGGUCUCCACCCAGGCAGACCAUUGCUGCGAUGAACAUGGAGGAGCUCGGCUUCAGUCCAAAGCCCACUGCGGCGCCUGAGCCCGGCAAUGUCGAACUGAAGCUGGCCAAGCGUGUAAGAGGCGAUGAUACCUGUGGUUACAUCUCUGGAGAGGCUACCAACUCCAUCUACUGCGGAGUUGGAUCCUGUGUCAUCAACAGCUUCUACUCCGUUGUUGGUUGCUGUAGCUCCUCCUCGGUCACGGACUGCACUACGAUCGCUACGAGCUGUCUCCCAUCAAGGUCGGCAAGUCGCGUCAGCAGUGGUGACACUCGUAUGCAACUCUGCACUUCCUCAGAUAGACCCGAGUGUGUCACUUACAUCUACUCGGGCUCGUUGUUCAACCGUUAUACCCUUUAUGCAUGCGCCGCCACUGAGGAGGUGAUUGUCGUGUACGCAAACCCUACAGAUUCUUCCGUCACCCAGGAGUCGACGACAGCGCCGGCAACAACCUCAGUUCGCAACAUCGCGUCAACCACUGCUUCGUCGGCAGCUACUACUAGCACGUCCGGCGUUAGUAGUGGUGGCGGCGGCGGUUCGUCCACUCCCAUUGGCGCUAUCGUGGGCGGCGUCGUGGGAGGCGUAGCAGCCAUCGCCCUCAUCGUCUUCGGCAUCAUCUUCCUCCUUCGCAAGAAGAAGAAGGACAACAACAGUGUCAACAACAACAACAACAACCAGGCCGCUCACCAGUCUUACGUCGGACCCCCGCCGCCUGACCAGGGACAGCCUCAGAUGUACCAGCAGCCCGCCCCGCCGACGCAGCAGCCGUCGCCCCAAGGAUACCCUCCCCAACAACAGCAAGGACACUACCCGCAAGGCUUCACUCCCGUGGACAACAAUAACAGACAGAGCAUGCUGAAGCAGCAGUACGACGUCAGCACGGGAUCCUACGACCAGAGCAACAACGGCGUUAGCCCGCCCGCCAGCCCGCCGCCCAUGAGCCCGUCGCCCACGUACCAGUCUGGCGUGCCGCAGUACGUGCCGUCUCAGAACAGCGCCAGCCCGACGCAGGGGGCGUAUCCUCCUCAGCAGCUGCCGCAGCAGCAGCAGCAGCAAGGGGGCUACUACAACGCACCGCCUCCCACUCAAGGACAGCCGCCGGCGCCGGUUCAACAGCAACAGCAGCAUCACCAGCAGCCGGGCUUCGCGUCUGAGCUGCCUGCUCACAGGGGCGACAACGAGCUGCGCGAGUUGGCUUGAGCGGCUGUCGACAUGGACACGGGCGGGCCAAGGUGGAAAAGCGCGGUUGAUGGGUUUGGUUGUUUAUGACGGAUUUAAUUCAAGUAUGAUUGCGGGGUGCUUGGAGGUAUGCGAAGCUCACACACACACACACUGUUGUGGAUACGGAGUUAGCAGUGGUGUGGGACAGGUUUAUGAAGGGGCAACUAUCGUUAUGUGUAUAUGUAAUACCCAAAGUCUUUUAUAUGGCCUCAUCGGGCUUUUAAACCCUCUCUAAUGCAAUUGAGACAUAAC